GAAAAGCACAGAGACUGAAGAAGUGGGAAAAAUCAGCCAUCUGGAAGCUCUGCUGUUUACUGCUGUGCUGGAGAAUUUUGUUGAUCAGCUUUCAGUUCUUGGAUAUGUUAUACCAGUUUCAUGUGCAGGCAAAACAGACAUCAGCCACAUUGGUAUCCAGGAAAUGAAAGAAAUGGUAGAGACUCAGAAGGAUCUGGACACUAACUACCAAAAGCUUAUGUCAGCAAGGCAAGGGACUGGGGAAGCAGUUACCUCCAUGUCUCAGAAGUGCAGCAAACACAAGCAGAAGCUGGGGAAAACUGAAGAUCUAAGAAGUGCCCCUCAUCCUUCCAACAAGGCCACGACACGCAGCGCUCCAUCUGUAGAGAAUCUCAGAAAAAUUCAGGCUGACAUGCAGUAUGCAAGUGAUGUCAUUACAAUCACUAUGGAAAAGUUACAGGAGUCAGGAACAUUUAAUAGCCUAACAGAAGCUAAUGAGAAAGAGAAGGCAAAAAAGAACAAGUUUCAUGACUUCCUCAUCAGGGAGGAGGAAGGAAAGAAGGAGAUAAAGUCACUUGAGAAACAGCUGGAAGACAUCAAGAAAGAAACUGAAAUAGAACUUCAGAACCGAGACAGUAUGAUUGCUUACCUCAAAGACGAGCUCCAAGAGAUGAAGGCCAAAACAGACAUGGAGAGCUGCUACGUGAAGAAAAGCACAGACCUCCAGGUCCACCAGACCCAGAAGAAGUGCAGCAAUGCAGAGAAUGACCUGGAAAAGGAAAUUCAGAAGUUGAGGAGCAAGACUGAUGAGGAGAUUCGAGUGCACAUGGAGAUUGAAAAUUUCCUCAGGCUACACCAUAAGAAGGCAGAGGAGAAGCUGGAAUACUGGGUGGACAAGUAUGAAAAUGACGCAGAUGCCAAAGAUGAAGAACUGGAUGCUCUAAAAGCAUCAAAGGCAAACAACUUGGAAAUGCUGCAGAGACUUGCUGAGGAGUGCCGUAUAUUUGAGGAAACCAUCAUCAGUGACCGGGCAGAAAAGGAGGCUAAAAGAAGCCAACUAGAGCAAGAUGCCCUGGAGCUGAAGAGCAUCCUGAAGCUGCAGGCCUGGUGGAGAGGUACAAUGGUCCGCAGAGAGCUUGGCCCCUACCAGGCCUUUAGGAAGAUUCUGGAGAAACGGCAAUCAAAGGACUCUGCCGAGGCCAAGCGCCCCUUCAAGCCCCAGUUUCUGCUGCCUGAGUGA